AAAUUGGAAGGAGAAAAACAAAAAAUUGAAAAUUCCGAAUUAUGCAGAGGAAAAGACAAGGGAGAGAAAAGACAGAAGGCCAAAAGAGAGGAAAAAGCACGGAUAAAAAUAGCCGAAGUCUGGGAUACCGUCCUAUUUGCUCAAGUAAUAAGAGGUUGCUUGUUAUUAACCCAAUCAAUUUUUCGAAAAUAUAUUAUAUUACCUUCAUUGAUAAUAGCUAAAAACAUCGGUCGUAUGUUAUUAUUUCAAUCUCCCGAGUGGUCCGAAGAUUUAAAGGAUUGGAAUCGAGAAAUGCAUGUUAAAUGCACCUAUAAUGGUGUUCAAUUAUCAGAAACAGAAUUUCCGCAAAACUGGUUAAGAGACGGUAUUCAAAUAAAGAUCCUAUUUCCUUUCUGUCUGAAACCUUGGCACAAACCUCAAGAAAGGUCCCUUGAUAAAGAUUCAAUGAAAGAUAAAGUAAAAAAAUUUUGUUUUUUAACAGUUUGGGGAAUGGAAACUGAUCUGCCUUUUGGUUCUCCCCGAAAACGACCUUCCUUUUUUAAACCCAUUUUGAAAGAACUUGAAAAAAGAAUUCGAAAAUUUAAAAACAAGUGUUUUCUAGUUCUAACAGUUUUAAAAGAACGAACAAAAUUGUUUAUAUUUUUAAGGGUCUCAAAAGAAACAAAAAAAUGGGUUAUCAAAAGUGUUCUAUUUAUAAAUAUAAAAAAAAUAAUAAAAGAACUCUUAAAAAUAAAUCCAACUCUAUUAUUUGGAUUGAGAGAAGUAUAUGAAUCUAGUGAAACUCAAAAACAAAAGGAUUCGAUAAUCAAUAAUCAGAUGAUUCACAAAUCGUCUAUUCAAAUUCGAUCUAUGAAUUGGACAAAUUAUUCACUGACAGAAAAAAAAGUGAAAGAUCUGACUGAUAGAACAAGCACAAUUAGAAAAAAAAUAGAAAAAAUUAUAAAAGACAAGAAAAAACUCUUUCUAACUCCAGAGAUAAAUAUUAGCCCUAACAAAGCUAGUUAUAAUGCUAAAAGAUUAGAAUCACAAAAAAGCAUUUGGCAAAUAUUAAAAAGAAGGAAUUCUCGAUUAAUUCGCAAAUUACAUUAUUUUAUAAAAUUUUUCAUUGAAAGGAUAUACAUAGAUAUUCUUCUAUGUCUCAUUAAUAUUCCCAGAACCAAUGCACAAUUUUUUAUUGAAUCAACAAAAAAAAUUAUUGAUAAAUACGUUUACAAUAAUGAAAGAAAUCAAAAAAGAAUUGGUAAACCAAAUCAAAAGAAAAUUCACUUUAUUUCGAUUAUAAAAAGGUCAGUUUCUAGUAUUAGUAAUAAGAGUUCACAGAUUUUUUGUGACUUAUCCUCCUUGUCACAAGCAUAUGUAUUUUACAAAUUAUCACAAACCCAAGUUAUUAACUUGUAUAAGUUAAGAUCUGUCCUUCAAUAUAACGGAACAUCUCUUUUUCUUAAGAACGAAAGAAAAGAUUAUUUUGGUUUUGGAGCACACGAAAUAUUUCAUUACGAAUUAAGACAUAAGAAACUUCGUAAUUCUGGAAUGAAUCAAUGGAAGAACUGGUUAAGAGGUCAUUAUCAAUAUAAAUAUUUAUCUCCGAUUAUAUGGUCUAGAUUAGUACCACAAAAGUGGCGAAAUAGAGUAAAUCAACAUUGUGUGGCUCAAAAUCAAAAUAAAGAUUUAAGCAAAUGGGAUUUAUCUCAAAAAGAUCAAUUAAUUCAUUACAACAAACAAAAUGAUUAUGAAGCAGACUCAUUAACGAAUCAAAAAGAAAAUUUUAAAAAACACUAUAGAUAUGACCUUUUAUCAUAUAAAUAUAUUAAUUAUGAAGAUAAGAAUGACUCAUAUAUUUAUGGAUCACCAUUACAAGUAAAUAAUAACCAAGAUAUUUCUUAUAA